CAAAGACAAUCAAAGAUGUUUGAGUUUCCAUGCGCGGUGACCACGGAGGUAAAGCGCAGAGCAACACUACCCCUCCUCCAGCCUCGGCUCUACAGGGGUUUUUAAGUCACAUUUGAGCAAAAGAAGCCUUUCUGUUUCGAAAAACAAAGCGGUCAUGCGAUGUGAUUUCUUUCUGCUGGAGGAAAGAAGGAAAAACUAGAAUCGACCUGUUGGCGAUGAUGGAUUACUCGAAGGCGCAAAUGUCAAGCUUAUCUGAGGAGGGCAGUUCAGCUAGCAGUCCACAGUUUGGUCCCUCAGGGGUAAAGCUGGAGGCCGUGAUGGAGCACCUACAGAGACAACAAGGAGCCAAACUGGACAUGAACGUGCAGGAGAAACAUCUCCAGGCCCAGCUCCUGUUUGCCCAGUAUGCUGCUGCCGCAGCCAGGGCCUCUGGAUCCAGACCAGAAUCCGCACUGUUCAGCCAAGCAGACGGGCAGACUUAUCAAGCAGCUCAGCAAGCUUUCAACAGCUAUCUCAGCAGAACAAAUCCAGAUGAGGAGGAUGAAAACUCAGACGAGGAGGAGCAGGAAAUGGGGGAGCAUGAAGAGAAUGAUGAGGUGGACGAAGAAGACAGGGAAGAUGAGGAGGAAGAGAGUGGGCCUCUUCAGCAGGCAAAGAAGCCGAAGCUUCAUCUGGCUGCAGGCUUCCCCUUCCCUCCUUAUUCUACACCUCAGGCUUCAGCUGUGAAGACAGCAGUUGAAUCUCCUCCUUCGACCAUAAAACAGAAGCAGGAGGAUAAGGAGGUGCUGUCUCCUGCAGGCCAACAAGCCUUCGCAUCACCUAACGGCUUCUCGGAUUGGGGCUUGGAGGAAUCGUUCAGACAGAGAGGAGGUGCCAUCUGGGCUGAGGACAGUGAUGGAGGAAAAGUAAGAGGAGAACCAUCCAGGGACUUUGCCAAGCUUUAUGAGCUGGAUAAUGACCCGCAACGGAGGGAAUUUCUGGACGAACUUUUUGUCUUUAUGCAAAAAAGAGGAACUCCCGUGAAUCGUAUUCCCAUCAUGGCCAAGCAGGUGCUGGACCUAUACCGACUCUAUAAGCUUGUGACGGAGAAGGGUGGCCUGGUGGAGGUUAUAAACAAGAAGAUCUGGAGGGAGAUCACCAAAGGCCUCAACCUUCCAACAUCCAUCACUAGCGCAGCCUUCACCCUCCGCACACAGUACAUGAAAUACCUGUACUCGUUUGAAUGUGAGAAGAAGGGGCUGAGUUCUCCAGGUGAGCUGCAGGCCGCCAUUGACAGCAACCGUAGGGAAGGCAGACGUCCAAGCUACACCAGUAGUCUGUACCGCUACGCCCCCUCCCCAAGCUCUGCCCCACACCCCCUCCUCUCCUCACCCACCAUGCACACUACCCCGACUGGGCACAACGGUCUGACAGCAUCUGGUAGCCCAAACCUGAAGAGAAGCGCAGAUGAGGUGUCUGCUCCUGUCUUACCCAACCGGCUUCCCAUGGCUCUGGCACUGCAGCAGCAGCAGCAGCAGCAGCAGCAACUGGCUCAAGCCGCAGCUAUAGAGCAUCUGAAAGAGAGGAGGGUGCAAGGAGUGGGAGGAGGAGGCGCAGCUGGAGGAGGUGCAGCAGACACUCCAGAGAAGAAAAUGAUGCAGCUGGCUGAGGAGCAGCAGCGCCUCAUGCAACAGGCUCUCCAACAAAACCUGCUGGCUUUAGCCUCUCACUUCAACCCCAUGAACCUCAAACUCAACAAUGGACAUGAAAACAAACAGGAUUUGUCCCUUAGUAUCUCUACUAAUGGAGCAGCCAGUAUCAGUGUUUCAGUGGAGGUCAAUGGCACCAUUUACUCAGGAAAGCUGUUUGCCCAAAAGUCCCCUGCUACUGUGGCAUCUCAGGCUGUAACAAUGGCAGGAACGAGCGGCUUCAGUGCUCUCUCCUCGCACAGUCCCUCCCCUUCAUCAUCCACCUCUUCAAAGGGACCAAAUUAGGGCUUUCUGCUUGUUUCAAGCUGGUUUAAGCAAAAUGAUGACACCAUAUACCUCUAAUGUCAGAAAGUACUGUAUAAAUUCCAGGGAAUAUCGGCUGCAACACAUUAAGCAUUAAUUCUUCCAGCCUUUUUCAAUGACCGUAGCAGUAAAAUGUGCUUGAACUGACUCCUCAAAGCUUCCAAACACACUUUUUUGUAGACUCAGAUCUCAGUUAACCUUAGUGCCUGUUAGAAGCUGGGAUGUAGAGGCUUUCAUGUCAAAGAGGCGUUGAAGAGUUUGUUUAGAAGUGUCUUUUCAGAGCAGAAACAUGCUCAGUAAGAACAAAUGCUGUCUCUUUUGGUGUCGAGUACAUGUAGAGAUAAUUUUCAGUUCUGUAGCUGCCUUUCUCAUUGCAGAACAGCGCUGUUGCCAAAGUGCAGCUGAUGAAGACCAAAAAGCCUUAGCUCAGUGUCACAGCUCAUGUCUGUAACUGUUUUGCUGAAGCCAUGUUGUACCUCUGUUAACAUUUGAGCGAAAGCUCGUUGUUUAAUCUUUCAGCUCCAUUUUCAGGGAUCACAAUAACAGAAUUUAAAGGAAAUAUGUUAGAUGAUUUAGCUUUUUUAUUUUUUGCAUUGUGUUGUAUUUGACGCUUUUAUUUAAGAUUUUUCAGGGUUACAAAAACAUGUCAGCUGUGAAUCAAAGGCAAAAAUGUGAAAGAUGAAGUUUAAGUAGGAUGCAAGCCACACAAAUGUACCUCAAUACUCGGUAAGUUUUUUUUUUCUGUAAUUUUUCUGCACUCAGGAAUGACUCCUCACUGUUAAACUGUAUGUAAUAAAAUAAUGCUGCGUUGUUUAUGUAAACACAGAGAAUGUACCAUUAAUGACCUCAAACUUUGGACGUUAAACACUGAAAAAGUGCUACCUCACUCUUCUAGAGAAAUAUGCAAUACUGAAUGCAGCGUGUGUUUGUUAAGCCUUCUGUUGAGAUAUACUGUAUGUGGACAAUCAAAUAGACAUAUCACUGCAAUCAUUUCUUUGUAAAAAUGUCAGGUUCUUUGUCAUAUUUCUUGGACAUGUGGCUAUAAGAAAUAAACAAAUCUUGUGUGCGGUA